CUGUGGCCCAAGUCACAAACAAAACUCUGCCUUGACCUGCUCUGCACCCAAGACCCAUCUUUCCCUGCCGCAUCUGUGGAGGUUUCUCAAGGCUACACCUGCGGGCAUAAUUUGUGCCAGCAGCUACCAAUCCAAUUAACUCAUUCCUGAGAGAGACCGACAACAGGAGGAUAAAGGACUGGAGGGGAGGAAGCUGAGGUUGGUGGUCUUUUUCCUUCUGGGACGAGGGGGAGUAGCUGAUGUGUGGAAACAGAGUCAUGCAGGCAUUUUUCAGCAGGCCAUGAGCCAUGAGCUGAAGUGUGCAAGUGGUUGUAGACUAAGCUGAUCUGGGAUUAAAAGGUGCAGUGGAUCUAAAUUCCUCACGUGGUCUGGGUAACAAGGCCAUGGCUCAGAAGAGCCUCAAGAACAAGAGCGUUACCUUCCCCUACGAAGACCUGGCUUCCGAGGUGACCAGGCGCAGAGUCACCAUGACCACGAGAGAAGAGGUCUUCAGCACGGACAGGGACGCCACCCUGGAGAUGCUCCUGUACUCCCAGUCAGACUCUGAAGAAGCCGUUCCCGCCUGCACUGCUGCUACCCUCGGAGUGCCUCCCGCCCCACCUCCUUCUCCGGCCAAGAAUCCCACGGACUCUUAGGCACGCACAACUCCAGGGAUUUUGAAAUGGGCAUUUACAUAAAACUCCACAACCCAGCAAUGCCACAGAUGUGUUGUCUUUGAAGGCUGUCUGGGAAGAUCUUUGUUCUAACAUCUUCUCCUGAGCCUUGUUUGCCCCUGCAAGUGCACUUAGAGUAAGUUCUGGUUUUUCAAGUCGGGUCCUUCAUAUGAAAUGUGUGUAUUUGAUCUGUAAUAUAUGCUAUGCUGUAGAGCACUUGCUGUAGUCUGUUAUAUUUGAAAUAAAAUAACUAUCAGGCCUUGGUGUUACUAAAUCCCAAUCAGCCAGAAUCCCAGGCCUCUGAUUUUAAAGCAAGAGUAUUGAGGUCCAGAGAACCUUGGGUAUUUGGAUCCUCGGAAUUCAGCCUGAGGGGCCAGCACUGUGGCAUAGCGGGUAAAAGUGCUGGUAUCACA